AUGUCAGAAAAGGACCCUGCAGACCUGAGAGCACUACUUAGGUGGCACCGCACUGAGAUUGCUGUGGCUGUGACUGAUCUGUUCCCUUUGCUGCAUGGGAUGAUGGACAGGGACCUUGUCCCUGAGGACAGAUUCCAAGAGACACAGCAGGCUGGAGAAGGGGUUGGGGCACAGAAAGCAUCGCAUGCUCUUCUAACAUGGCUCCUUGGUCAGGAUGCACAAACUAUCCGUGGCUUCUGGUCCCUUUUAUCCACCGAGUUUAUUCUACGAAGCUACCCCCUUCUGUCUGGAAUACACAAAACCCUUCACACAGUCACAGAUUCCUUGUCUCAGAGAAAAGUCCGAAGGCUGCCUCCCUCCUCGAAGUCUGUACCUCAUCCAAAACCACAGACAAAAAGGAAGGCUGGAUCCAUUGCGUAUUCACAUGGAACUGGUAGAGUAAUCUGCUGAGGCCCCCCAAUAAAAUCUAAGCCCCCUCGUAAAAUUGAGAAGAUUGUCUUUACUCAGGAACAGCCGACAAUAUCUCCACUCAAAGUUCCAGGCACCAUGUCCAUGUGUCAUGUUGAAGGGAAACCUCUGACCUUCACCAUAAGCAGAUCAGCGACUACUUCCGGGGAGAACACAGAAAGGACUGUACAGAACGAUACAGAGAUGGCUGUCUUAGAGGAAACCCAAAGCCAGUCCAUGAAGUUGACUCCACGACCGAAGCUGGUCUCCCAGCAUGUGAGUAACAACAUUGACAUUCCAUCUUUCAUUCCCCAUUUUUGUCAGAGUAAUGAUGAUGAAUGCUCAGUAUGUCAUGAUGGUGGAGAGUUAAUAUGUUGUGAUGGAUGCCCACGAUCCUUCCAUCUCUCGUGCCUGGUGCCCCCCCUUACCCACAUUCCAAGUGGUACAUGGAGAUGUGAAAUUUGCAGCUCUGAAGAACCAGCACUAGAAGGACAUCACAGCAGUUCUAUGGGAAAUGAUGCAGCGUUAAAAGAUUCUUCUGAGGAUACAGGUCAGAACAGAGCCAAAGAUUCCAACCCUCUUCCAGAUUCUGGAUCUCACAGCGUAAUACAGAAUACAAACCCGUGUUCAGAUCAGAUAUGCCCUCAGCAGGUUCCACAACCAGAUACCUGCCCCACACCUGUAUCUAUACCCCAAGUCAGCACACAACAGCAAUCACAGAGCAGCUACCAGUUUCCAUCCAAGCCUCACAACCACCCUCAGCCUUUGUUACGUAUAUGUGCUUCUCAAACACUCGCACGCCAAGUUUGCUCACAGUUUCCACCUAGGCCACAAGUGAAAACCCUGCACCCAUUUCAGGCUAAUUUUCAGUAUCGCGCCCAUCCUCAGCAAUUCUCCACACCUGUUCUACAGAUGCCGUGUUCUCCCAUUGUCCAGCCUCGAAACUACCCAGCACCUACAAACCAUACACGCACCUGUCCUACUCCCAUUUUCCAAGCCCUCCAAAACACAGCAUCUGUAUCUCAGCAGGAGAUAUGUCCCUCACAGCAGUCUGAACACUAUCCCCCAACUAUAUCUGUCCAAGAGGCAUGCCCUCCAAAUGAAUCACAAUUUCAGGUUAGCCCUGCAUCUUUGCCUCAGCGUGACAUUCACUGUAUCCCAGUACAGAGGACGGAAUCCUGCACUGCACCUUCCUCGGCUCAAGCAGAGAUGAGACCUACUUCUGCAGCAUUACAAACAGAUAUAGGAGACGUUAAGGUACUGGCCGAAAAUCAAGGACACAACUUGGCACUGAGCCGACAGGAAUUGGAAUGUCUUAUUACUGAGCUUUUGGCUAGAUAGAAGUCUGUUUGCUGUAUCCACCUUUGGUAAUAUGUAUAAAGUUUGGUCUAAACAUGGAGAAACCUUAAAUAUUUUACCUGAUUGAGAAAAUAUGGGGAAAUGGAUUGAGAAAAUUCUGAACCAAGGGGCGAGGUGAAAAAGGACACGAUUGCAUUUCAAAGCUUCCUGAAAUCUCUUACUUCAUCCUUCCAAAAUAAAGGUUUUCC